UAGCUGAGAAUCUUCUGCUAAAGGCAAAGUCCGAGGCAGCUGCAAAGGCUCAGGAACUUUAUAAGGUUUACGAGGCUUGGCUGCCACCAUGGGCCGCGGGCCGACUAGCGCAGAUACAGUCAACUUCGGCAGUGUAUUGGACCCUGCACGGUGAACCAGUUUUUAAGAAAGCUGCGGAGCACGCCUCUCGACACGCCACAACGGCGAAGGAAUGGGCUCAACCUCACGUAGAUACUCUUAAGAAGAAAGUAGGCCCUUCUGCGAGUGCGUACUGGAAUACUGUCUCCACGAACGGCAAAGUUCUGGCUUCUAAAGUGUCAGAGGCCUACAAUGUUCACUUGUCGCCCCACUUUGUUAAGGCGAACGAACAACUUAUGCCUCGCAUCAAGUCUCUACGGAAACAGCUUCGGCCGCACGUAGACAAAGCUGCUGCAUACGUCCGUCCUUAUUACGAGAAAUCUCAAGAAUACGCUGCUCCUCACAUCGAAAAGGUGCAUCAAGUUUCCAAGGAGGCACUGACCUCGGCUGUAAAUUAUCACAAUAAGAUGCAAAACUCAGUUCGCGGGCUUUUAUUGAAGCACGAGGUGUCGGCAGGCUGGGCGGCGAGUAAAGAGCUCGUUUGGUUUCUCGCGAUGGCGGUUUUGGUGCUACCAGCGGCUGCAGCGAUGCAUUUGGUGUUGAGCACCUUCAGUGGUAGCAAGAAGGUGAAGAAGCCGAGCCGGAGCCACGCCAACGCGCACAAAAAGUCCAAAAAGUCAAAGCAUCAAUCGUCGUCGUCUUCAUCGGCGGCGACAAGCGCAGAGAAGCACGCAGAGAAGCAGUAGAAAAAGAAAAACGAAGUGGCAGUCAAGAUUGAAAUCUUUCCGGAUAUAUCGCUCGCGCUUACUCCUGGCUCCUUUGGACAUGUGUAUAAAAACACUAAAAUUUUUGUGUACGCGCAAA